CACUCUCAAAAACCCUAGCGCAUCUUUCUUCCCCCAGAUUCGAGCAGCAGCAAGAGCAGAGAGAGGGAGAGAGAGAGCAAAGAUGGUAUCUGGAUCAGGGAUCUGUGCAAAGAGAGUGGUGGUGGACGCGAGGCACCACAUGCUGGGGAGACUGGCCUCCGUGUUGGCCAAAGAGCUGUUGAAUGGGCAAAAAGUAGUGGUGGUGAGGUGUGAGGAGAUAUGUCUUUCCGGUGGUCUCGUCCGCCAGAAGAUGAAAUACCUCAGGUUCCUUCGCAAGCGCAUGAACACCAAGCCUUCUCAUGGUCCCAUUCACUUCCGUGCCCCUUCCAAGAUCCUCUGGCGCACAAUCCGUGGGAUGAUUCCCCAUAAGACUAAACGUGGAGCAGCUGCACUUGCUCGUUUGAAGGUUUACGAGGGUAUCCCACCACCAUACGACAAGAUCAAGAGGAUGGUCAUCCCUGAUGCUCUCAAGGUUCUGAGGCUUCAAGCAGGACACAAGUACUGUUUGUUGGGUAGGCUUUCAUCAGAGGUUGGAUGGAACCAUUAUGAUACUAUCAGGGAGCUAGAGAAAAAGAGAAAGGAGAGGGCACAGGUUGCAUAUGAGAGGAAGAAGCAAUUGACAAAAUUGAGGGUCAAAGCUGAGAAGGCUGCUGAGGAGAAGCUUGGUCCUCAGCUGGAGAUUAUUGCUCCAAUCAAGACAUGUUUUCAUAACUGGGGUGUUGAUGAUGCUGUUCGUAUUUACCAUGAUGCCUCUUGGCUUGCUGAAACCAUUUGCUCAGCUGAUCGACUGUGUGUUGCAUAA